AUGACAAGGCAAAGACAAGGCAAAUACAAGGCAAAGACAAGGCAAAGACAAUGCAAAGACAAGGCAAAGACAAGGCAAAGACAAGGCAAAGACAAUCCAAAGACAAUGCAAAGACAAUGCAAAGACAAUGCAAAGACAAUGCAAAGACAAGGCAAAGACAAGGCAAAGACAAUCCAAAGACAAUCCAAAGACAAUGCAAAGACAAAGGUAUAA